UCAGGGAAAUGUGCAUAUGUUUAUCUGGUCUUACCGAUGUAGUCCAGCGUAGUGUUGAAACGACGUGCUUUUGUUUAAAAAUAUGUUCGCAAUGGCACUGCUGAACUAGUGCAAAUUAGCAAACUGUGCUUUUGAAAAUAAUCCAACACCGCGCCAUUGCAUGGCGUGUGGAAUCAUGGGGGACUCUUUAGUCCAGCUCGCGUCAAAUUUCUACCAUGAGAAUUUGCUGGGGGAGAUGCAGCAGCUGAGACUGACAGGCCACCUGUGUGACAUCACGGUCCAGGUGGACUUCGAGGGCGAGCUAGAGGAGUUCGAGGCGCACCAGCUGAUCCUGGCGGCUUCCAGUGGCUACUUCAAAGGCAUCCUUCUCGGCAAGGACCCGCCCCCCGCGAAAAUCUUCCUGGGGACCGUGCCCCCGUCCGACUUCGGCAGGUUCCUGGAGUUCGCGUACACCGCUAAGCUGGAGGUGGAGAGGUCGAAGACGGGCGACAUUUUGGAAAUGGCCAAGCUGCUGCAGUGCCGGGACCUGGCGGAAGCGUGCCGACGGGCGGGCGGGCCGGGGACGGGCGCCGCGGGCGACCCAAACGCGCCGCAGAUCGACGUCCUGCUGCGGGACGGCCAGUCGACCGAUGCCCUGGAACACGACCCCGUGGCAGGUCUCCUGGCAACGGACCUGCUGGAGGACGGUUUGGGCGCGGAGAUGGGCGGGGAGUCGGCCCUGACGGAGAAGCCCCGCCCCCUGAAGAGGGGGCGGAAGCAGGGUGAGGGGAAGUCGGCGGCGGCGGCGACGGGGUCGGUGGGGUCGGGCCGGAGGCAGAGCAACAGGCUGGCGGGCCGCAGGGUGGCGGUGGACCCCCCCAAAAAGAAGUACCUGAGGAAGCUGAAGGCUCAGCGCAAGGCUCCAGAGCCGAUGGUGGCGCCAGACCCCGUGGAGGGGGCUCCAGGUGGGGAGGGGGUCCCAGAAGGGGAGGGGCCCCUGGGCGGGACUGCGGAUGGGUCUGGGAGCUCCAGGGGGGGUGGCGCUGAGAUGGGGGGGGAACCUCCAGAGCCGGCGGACUUCGCCGACGAUUACCAGGGCCCGGCGGAACACGACCCCAGCGAGUCGGACUUUCAGAUCGAAGAGGACGAGGAGAAGGAGGAGGAGGAGGAGGAAGAGGAGGAGGAGGAGGGGGGGCGCAGCAGAGGGGAGAAGAGGAAGAGGAACGGGCAGUUCCAGUGCGAGAAGUGCCAGCGCUCCUUCCACUACGAGAAGAGCUACCUGAAGCACAUCUCGGCGAGCCACGGUGAGCAGCCGGAGGUGACGUACCGCUGCGCCACCUGCGCCCAGACCUUCGCCAACCGCUGCAACCUGAAGAUCCACGAGCGGCACGUGCACAGCGACGAGCGCCUCUUCCCCUGCAGCGUCUGCGGCAAGGCCUUCAAGCGCAAGAAGGACGUGAAGCGCCACUGCCGCCAGGUGCACGAGGGCGGCGGCGACCGGCACGCCUGCCCCGUCUGCGCCAAGAGCCUGAGCUCCAAAACCGCCCUGGUGCUGCACCAGCGCACCCACACCGGGGACCGGCCCUACCACUGCACCGACUGCAGCGCCAAGUUCUCCCAGAGCUCCGCCCUCAAAACGCACCGCAGGACACACACCGGUGAGAAGCCGUUCUCCUGUGACCAGUGUGAUGCGCGGUUCACACAGAAUCACAUGCUGUCCUACCACAAGCGCUGCCACACAGGUUACCCUGGGCUUGCAGGAGAGAGGCCCUACAGCUGUGAGGAGUGUGGGAAGCAGUUCACCCAGCUGAACGCCCUGCAGCGGCACAACCGCAUCCACACCGGGGAGAAGCCCUACAUGUGCAUGCUCUGCAACCGCACCUUCACGGACAAAUCCACCGUCCGCCGCCACACCAUGACCCAUGACAAAGACACCCCAUGGAAGAACUACCUGGUGAUUCUGGAGGGAAACAUGGAGGGGGGGCGCAAGGUAACCAAGCGUGGAGGGGGCGGGGCCAAAGACAAGGAGUCAUCGUCCUCCUCAUCAAGGCCUGCGGUGGCAGGGGGGAGCGGUGAGGGGGCGGGGCAGGAGGGGCCGGGGCCGGAGGGUAAACAGGCGGACGGGGGUGCGGGGGUGGCGCAGGUGCAGCCGGUGACGCUCUCCGGGGAGUGGACCAGCACCAGUCACGGCGCCAUCACGCUGGUCAGCCACACCUCGCUGGCCGGCUUCACCCUCAUCCAGACCGAGCUGCCCGCUGCCCAGCUGCAGCCCGUCGUGGGGCCGGACUCCACCGGCAUGGCCGCCACUCAGGUCAUCUCCCUGGAAACGCCCGGCGUCGCCGUGCCGCUGCAGGUCCCGGUCUCAGUCUCCGCCCCGCUGUCCAUCCACGUCCCUGGCUCCGCCCCCUUUACCGUUCCCAUCUCCGUCUCCCUCCCCGCCCCCGCACCAACUUCCCUCUCGGCCGCAAUUUCAGAUCCACUUCCUGUCCCUGAGUCAACUCCACUUCCUGUCCCUGAGGCAACUCCACUUCCUGUGUCCGUUUCACUUCCUGUUCCUGUGUCCGCUUCACUUCCGGUUCCUGUGUCGGCUCCACUUCCUGUUGCUGACACUGUGGCUCUGUCCGUGUGUGGGCCCGUGUCCGUCUCUGGGGACGUGUGCGUCUCCGUGUCUCCAGAGCUCAAUGCCAUGCAAGACCAGCCCCCCAUCGUCACCUCCGACCCCUCCCCCUCAUGCGGCGGCCAUCUUGGUGGGACAGAGGACGUGACCUUGGAGACUGUAGACAUGGAAACCAUGGAGGUGACCACUGAAGACACGCCCAGCUCUUGAGCUGCACGUUCGGCAGUUUUGGGGAUUAAAUCUAGUUCUCUCUACAAAACAGGACUUUGCUGAACUCCUUAGGAAAAGAGAAAAAAUGUUUUUUGUUUUUCCCGAGUGCUACGGAUUGUUUUGUUUCUUUUGUUUAAUUCAAACCGUAGAAGUAAUUUAGAAGAUGAAAUCAUGAGCCUUAAUCUUUCCAAGAUGAGUGGGAUGGCUGCGUUUGAGCUGUGAUGACGCAUGCCAAACCACUGUCCUCUGGUACUACGAAUGUUGAGUUUAAUUUUUUUCUGCAAGUCCACAAAGCAGGUUUAUUUUCCCUCCUGAAGGAACGAUCAUAUGAAGCCCAUGGUAGUGAAGCUGGUCGUGCUGGCUGCUCACUGAUAAACUACAGGAAUAAUGCACACGAUAGGUGUGUCAGAACUGUGGUUUUUUAGUUUACCAGCUUAUUACCAGUCCGAGUGUCAGUUACAGCACAGGUAAAAAAAAGCCAGAUGCUCCAGGUACUGAGGGCUCUGCUCUGUCAGACAUUCUGCACUCUGUUAAUAAUGCCAUCUGUCCCAGCCAGAGGGCGAAAACAAACAAACGCUUCUAACAGCAGAAAUGAUCUGUUAAGGUUUUAAAACAAAAGCUUUUCUCAUUUCAUGAAGAUCAUACAAGAGGAAUUAGUUUCUGACAAAAAAAUGUAGAACUAUUAAUUGCAAGUAUAGUGGUAUUUUUUAAGAUGAAAGGACAGAAGAAAGUGCAACAACUUUUAUGCAAAUGCAGUUAUCUUAAAAUACCACUGAAUUGAUGGUGAUUGAUGUAUGAUUAACUGGCUGGGUGCAGUUUAUUUUUGUCCCAGGAUGUACGGUUUGAUGGUUCUGCUGGAUGUGUAACACCAGAUAUAGUACUGCUGAAGAGAAUAUGUAGUGGUUUUCCUGAAAAACCGAAUAAUAAAAUCGUGUUUUCCCUUGGGGGUGUAAACAUAA